UUGGGGCCGUUGCGGUGGCGGUUUCUAACGGCUCAGCCUGUUCGUCGCCACCGAGCGCCCAGACGGCCCGCUUCCCGCUCGUUCUCCGCGCGUUUUCGCGGCUAAGCAAGCCGCCCCCAACAAAGAUGACGGUAACGGCAACGGAGCCUGGCACGGUACUUCCGGCCGAGCCGGGCCCGCUGCGAUUGGCCCGCCUCGCUGUCGCGUCUCUCUUUUGCCAAUGUCAUCGGCGAACACCCGGAUGACGUCUCGCCCAAUCCGCGCCGCGAAGUGACGACGGCUGCUUUUCCAUCGGCCAAUGGGAAGUGACGCUGAUUUGGCGCCCACUUUGAGCGGGGGCGACCCGCUGCCGCCGCUGUUCCCUCAGCUCUUUCUUCGCCGCCGCCAUGUUCGUCACAGACUGCCGCCGGGAGUUCUACGAUGUGAUCGUUAGCCAGCGAGUUCUUCUUCUUGUGGCCUCAGAUGUUGAUGCAUUAUGUGCCUGUAAAAUACUCCAAGCUUUGUUUCAAUGUGAUCAUGUGCAAUAUACGCUAGUCCCUGUGUCUGGAUGGCAAGAACUUGAAACUGCCUUUCUUGAGCAUAAAGAUCAGUUCAAGUAUUUUGUUUUCAUUAAUUGUGGUGCUAAUGUUGACCUGCUGGAGAUCUUGCAGCCUGAAGAAGACACUUAUUUUUUUGUGUGUGAUAGCCACAGACCUAUCAAUAUAGUGAAUGUUUACAAUGAGACACAGAUUAAGCUGUUAGUUAAGCAAGAUGAUGAUCUUGAUGUUCCUGCUUAUGAUGAUAUCUUCAGAGAUGAAGAGGAUGAAGAAGAGGACUCAGAGAAUGAAAGUGAUGGCUCGGAACCUUCAGAUAAGCGCAGACGUUUUGAAGAGGAGGUAAUAGAGAGAACAAUGAAAAGGCGGCAAAGGCGAGAAUGGGAGGCGCGCAGACGUGAAAUUCUUUUUGAUUACGAGCAAUACGAGUAUCAUGGGACCUCAUCCGCGAUGGUGAUGUUUGAUCUGGCGUGGAUCAUGUCUAAAGAUUUGAAUGACAUGCUGUGGUGGGCUAUUGUUGGUCUAACAGAUCAGUGGGUGCAGGAUAAAAUUACCCAAAUGAAGUAUGUGACUGACAUUGGGAUCCUGCAGCGCCACGUGUCUCGCCAUAACCACCGCAAUGAGGACGAGGAAAAUUCCCUCUCCAUUGACUGCAUGCGAAUAGCAUUUGAAUACGAUCUGCGCCUGGCACUUUAUCAGCACUGGUCUCUGUAUGAAAGUCUCUGUAAUACUUCAUACACCUCUGCUAACCUUAAGCUCUGGUCAGUACAAGGACAGAAGCGGCUGCAGGAGUUUUUGGCUGACAUGGGUUUGCCUUUGAAGCAAGUGAAGCAGAAGUUUAAUUCCAUGGACAUGUCUUUGAAAGAAAACCUUCGGGAAAUGAUUGAAGAAUCUGCAAAUAAGUUUGGAAUGAGGGAUUUAAGAGUUCAGACCUUCAGCAUUCACUUCGGCUUUAAGAACAAGUUCUUGGCAAGUGAUAUAGUUUAUGCCACAGCUUCUCUUAUGGAGAGCAUAGAGAAAGAGGGGCCUGAAACGACUAAUUUCAUUAAAGCUUUGGACAGCCUCUCCAGAGGCAACCUGGACAAACUGCACCAAGGGCUGGACCUAGCCAAAAAGCAGUUACGUGCCAUUCAGCAGACAGUAGCCAGCUGCAUUUGCACCAACCUUGUUAUUUCCCAAGGGCCUUUUCUUUAUUGCUCUCUCAUGGAGGGUACGCCAGAUGUGAAACUGUUUUCUAAACCAGUAUCUCUGUGCCUGCUUAGUAAAUACUUGCUCAAAUCCUUUGUUUGCUCUACAAAAAACAAGCGCUGCAAAUUACUGCCACUGAUAAUGGCUGCACCGAUGGAUGUUGAACAGGGAACUGUGAUCAUGGUGGGGAUUCCUCCAGAAACAGAAAGCUCUGACAAAAAGAACUUUUUUGGAAGAGCAUUUGAGAAAGCUGCUGACAGUACCAAUUCCAGGACUUUACACAACCAUUUUGACAUGUCCAUAAUUGAAUUGAAAACAGAAGACAGGAGCAAAUUUCUGGAUGCACUCGUAUCUCUCUUGUCCUAAUGAUUGUUUCAGAUUGUCUUCUGCCCUGUUACGCAGUGGUGCUUUUCGGUUCCUUGUGCUGGAAGCUGAGGAUCAGAUGCUCUGAAGUUGUUUCAGAUGUUCCAGACUUCAUAGUGCUGCAAUUAUGUCAUCUUGCUUCCAAUAGAGGCCUGGACUUUUGGUUUUGUGCUUGAGAGGCUAAAGGAUUUCAAACCUGAGCACACAGGUAUUGGAUACUGCCUCUUUGUAAGGACUCAAGCCUUGUAAAGGCAAAAUGCCUCAAACUGGAGAAUUUGCACAUGGCAUUUCUGUUUGUCAAACCUGCUUUUAUUAGUAGAUGUGCUCCUUUGGUGUUGAGCUGUGGGCUAACAACAAAAAUAGGUUUUAAAUAAAUUCCAUACUUAAAUGCUCUUUUAAAACUUCCUUGAAUGUUUUAAAAUCAUUUUUAAAAAAGCUUCUUGAAAACUUGUAAUGAAAAUCUUCUUAGGUGCUGUCGGGUUGAAGCCUUGCACUUUGGUUGAAGUAGCUGUUUUAUGAGGCAGGUUUUAAGAUUUUAGGUGUUUAAAAUCCAUGUACCAAGAAACUGCCAGUCACCAGGUACAACCCGUGGAAUUUCAGUGCCAGCAAAGUGCCCUCAGUGGCAGCAUGUCCUUAGCCAUGCAUGGUGGUGCUGCACUGUCACUUGCCGACUGGCUUUGGCAGUAAUUUUCCUGGGAAGAAUCUACAGCAGUACGAGAACCGCGUGUGGGCUGCAGUGUUACAGCUGGCAGCCUCCAUCUCAGCUCCGUAACAGAGGUCCCAUUUCACUUUAGUUGCUGUGCAUUGGGUGGGUAUGUAUAUGCUUGGAAUUCUUUUUCUCCCUGCGAUGUUUGCUUGAAUUCUGUACGACCUCAAUAUUUUCAAUGUAUUAUAAUGGAUAUGUAAAGAGUAUGUAUCGUUACAUUGUAUUUGGUACAGAUUUUUAUUACAAGUUAAUUUAACACUGACUGUGAUCUAGA